AUGAACCCCGACUUGGGAACACCCCUCAAGUUCACACAAGGAAUAGAAAAUGGGGCCAUCGAAAUGGGAAACCCAAACCUCGCAGUCAGCAAAAUAAAAAAUCAUAUAAAGAGGUAUCUCGAAUUAGAUAAAAAAUUUUAUGAACUGUUCAUAAGGGUGGUGGAAAUUUCAGAAAAUCUGCGUAACAAUUUUAAGGCAACUUUUAAGGAAGUGAAAAAAGAUGUGACCGAUUAUUUAUUGAAUGACGAGGAGUUUUUAAAAAAAAAAAAGGACGAAAAUUGGCUAAAGGAAAAACUAAGUGCUGUUGAGCAGGUGAUAAGGGAGUUGUCCACAGUGGUGCUACACGUUGGCCAGAAUUGCAAAAAUCUGAGGGAGUUGUUUUUGUGUUUGUACAUGUUCGUAUUUGAGUCUCCCUCUGAUGGGGUGCCUGUGGAGGGGUCCCUCAGUGAUCACGUCAACAAAAUAAGUGAACACGAGUUUGAAGUGGCCCGCACAAAGGGAAUAUUCGUAUCUGAUUUUUACACCAGUGGGGAGAUUAACAAAAUGGUAAGGAGGUGCCUCAUGUUGUGUUCCCAACCCUCGGUGUCUUCUCACCACUUAACAAAACAAAUAAAAAUUUUUUUUUUAUUGACAGCUGUAAUGUUUUACAUGGAGAAGGACAUAAAAUUACGAAUUAAAAUUUAUAAUUUAAUCUCAAGUGAAAUACAUGUAAACAUUUUGAAUAUAAAAAAAUGUUCCAUAAUACUUAUGCACAAUCCGUAUUUAAAUAAAACAAAACGGCUAUCAAAUAUGUUUUAA